CAGGCAACGUAUACACGCCAAACGUACCGUGCAGGAAUUCACAUCUUUUUCAAAAUCGAUACUUUAGACUCUAUAGCUCUCGAUCGUAACAAUAAUAUAACAAGUGUGACGUGAGUAUACCUACACGAGGGUCCGUAUUGUAAAUAGUUGAAAAGGCUUUAUAGAGCUCGCACGGUCAUUAAUCUAUAUAUUAUAUAUACUUGUAUCUGGUGUCGUAAUCAUCAUCGAGUAAAGCAAACCUUAGCCGCCAAAAUCCAUCCAUGUGCUCUUACGCGUCUCUCGCGCGGAACUAAAAAAUACACACUCCCCUGCAUCGUCCAAGUCGUCGAAAAAAAAAAAAAAAAUGAAACUGUCAAGUAUUCGGAAAAUCGGCAUCGCCGGUGCUUCCACCCUCGUUCUCGGGCUCUUGUUUUACGCGCUCUUCCCGAACAUGCUGAACCGGCAGAUCGGAGCGAGAGUCUCGCUGGAAAAGGGGAAACUCAGGCGGUUCAUCUGGGACAAGCCGCCGUUUUUCCUCACCGCCAAGUUUUACGUGUUCAACGUGACGAACCCCGACGCCGUGAUGAAAGGAGCCAAACCGGCACUCCGGGAAAUCGGCCCCUUCGCCUACGAUAUGGUGCACGAGAACACGAAUCAACUCGACAACGAGACGGACGACACGAUAACGUUCGACCAGCGGCACACGUACUUUUUCAACUCGGCAAAGAGCGAGGGCCUGACGGGCGAGGAGGAGCUCGUGGUCCCCAACAUCUUUGUCCUCUCCUCCAUGAACUUUGUCCUGCGGAUCAUGCCCAACGCUAUAUCGAUACUGAGUAAGGCAGUCGACAGUAUAUUCGGCAAUCCGGAGAGCCUGUUCGUGAGGGUCAAAGCCAGGGAUUUGCUGUUCGACGGGUUGGCCAUCAACUGCAACGCGACGGACUUUGCCGGCUCGACCGUGUGCAGGGAGGUCCAGGCGAGCUACAAGGACUUCAACAUGGCCAAGGUCGGCGACACCGAGUACCUAUUCUCGAUCUGGGGAUCGGAAAACGGCUCGGACAGCAGUGAUAGGAUGCGGGUGGCUCGGGGCGUGCGGAGGAUCGAGGACGUUGGCAAGGUCGUGGGGCUCAACGGUAGGGCCAACAUGUCCGUGUGGGGGGUGUCGCAGUGCGACAAGAUCGAGGGAACCGACGGCUCGAUCUUCCAUCCGUUCUUCGACGAGGACGGCGCGGAGCCCCUUGACGUGUUCGUACCGUCCAUGUGCCGAUCGCUGCGCUACCGGUUCCACUCGAAAACUCAGUUCUACGGAUUGGACGCGCUGCGGUACACUACGGACGUCGGCGUGGACGGGGAACACGUGCGGGAGCACAAGUGCUUCUGCGAGGACCCGUUCAAGUGCAUGAGGAAGGGAGUUCUCGACAUGUUCAAGUGCCUCAAGGUUCCCAUUAUCGCGUCCAACCCGCACUUUCACCUCGCCGAUCCCUACUACCUGGACUCGGUCUCGGGACUCGAGCCCAAAGAGGAUAAACACGCGAUGUACGUGGACAUCGAUCCGCUGACCGGGACGCCCGUGGUGUUCAGCGCCAAGGUGCAGUUCAACAUGAUGCUCGCCAGGCAGGACAAGUUCCGACUGACGAGCAACGUGACCGACACCCUGUUGCCGCUCUUUUGGCUCGAGGAGGGAUUCGAGACGCCCGACUUUCUGAUGGAGGACCUUAUAAUGGCCCACCGCGUCCUAUCCCUAGCGACGAGCUUCAAGUAUCUCACGAUCAUCUUCGGGUUCGUCCUGUCCGUUGGCUCGAUGUACCUGUACUUGACCACGAGCACCGGAGGUAGCGAUCUGGUCUCGAAAAAAGAGGUGCGCUCGGCCAACAGUAAUCCACCGAGCGGUGGCAACAAAAAAUCGCCCAUCACCAUGAGCACGCUGCAACAACCACGUACUUGAUCUUUUUUUUUUUUUUUUUUUUUCCUGUAUCGUCUAUUGUCUUGUCCUCGAAUGCAAAUAAAUUUUCUGUGUAACGUCUCCGCGAAACGUUGGAAUAAACGAAAAAUC